UGUAAAACACUCGCCAUGAUGAGGCUCCACGUGGAUCAGCAAAGCAAUAGCUGUAUAACGCGUGGAUAAUCAGUACACUGUUCUCGCGUGACUAUUAUGUGCAUCACUGUUUGCUAUGUUCUUCUUCUCCAUACCCGCGCUUGUUGCCUGCAUUGCAAUUGCAAUUGCAAUUGGCGGGUUUAAAGUAGACAGAACAAGAGAGUAGAGAGAGAGAGAGCUUCGUUUUCAUUCUUCUUGAUUUGCAUUUCUUGAAAUAACUCACAAAACACUGCACAGAGUUCUUGUUGCUAUUUUACAGUCACAGCCACAGAUAGAGUUGAUCUAUCUCUUGGUGACUUCUUCAAUAUGUUUUACUCUCAUCAGCUUCUUGCACGAAAAGCUCCACUCGGCCAAAUAUGGAUGGCCGCUACAAUGCACGCGAAAAUCAACAGAAGGAAACUAGAUAAGCUCAACAUCAUUAAGAUCUGCGAAGAGAUUUUGAACCCAUCGGUUCCCAUGGCUCUGAGACUCUCUGGUAUUCUCAUGGGAGGAGUAGUGAUUGUCUACGAGAGAAAAGUGAAGCUCCUUUAUGAUGACGUUACCCGUUUUCUGGCUGAGAUCAAUGAAGCAUGGAAAGUAAAGAGUGUACCACAUCCUACAGUACUUCCCAAAGGAAAAUCUAAAGCCAAGAAAGAGGCUGUUACUCUACCUGAGAUCGAAGAUAUGAAUAUAGCAGAUGUUGAGUCCCUUCAGUUUUCCAACACAGCCACCACAAUGGGGUUCCAGCCUGCUGCCUAUUUUACUAUGCGGCUUGACAAUGUUGAUGAAACAGCAUAUUUUGAUGAUGGAGCUAGGGGGGAGGAAGCUCAAUCCGAACAUCUCCAUCAAGCUGAUGCAGAGAAUAUUACCUUAUUUGAACGUACCGAUUCAUUCAAUGAUAAUAUGAAUCCAUUCAAUCGCUUUGAAAGGUUCGACAUCAAAGACGACGAGGAAACACAGGUAAACGGAACUUCAGGAGGUUUCACUCAAAUUCCAACCACGCUUGUACCCUCCCCACCCCAUCAAUGUGAGCCAACAAGAGAUGAUGUAAUUCAUGACCAACAGCACGCAGGAGACCCGAUCAUCCAGCAAUGUGACGUAGGCAGGGGAGAUAGACAGGAACGUGGAAGGCCAGGCCCAACAAAAAGGAAAAGAAGACAACCAGUGGGAACUGCAAUGGAUUAUGAGCAAACCAUAAUUCCUGUUCAUAUAUACCAGCACUGGCUUCAAAAUGCUUCUGAUCUUGUUUCAAAAAGAGGAAGAAAGAGAAAGCGUACUGAUAUCAUGUCUUCAACAAAGAUAUCUAACCUCAUGAAGCUACCACCUCUUGUGCUUAUUGGUGGUUUAUUUACAAGUGAAAAUAGAGAUGUAUAUUAUCCAGCACCUAUACUUGAUUUAUGGAAUAAGAGCAUUCAACCACCCAAACAUUCACCAUCAGAAAGGACUUCAGCAUCCAAUCCUUCAGUGCCAUCUUCUUCAUCGCCUCCAGGAGUACUUAAUGAAGAUUUUGUGGGAAAUGCUUAUGAAGAUUUAGACAAUGUGCCACAGGAUCAACCACUAAUGAAGUCAGUUGAGAAGCAGCGUGCUCGACAACCGAAAACCCCCCCAGAUGUACAGUGGGCUAACCUUCCCCCAGAUGUACAGUGGGCUAACCUUGGAAAUGGUGUGAGCGCUCCUGAAGUUACUUCAACGCUACCAUCAGGGAAAUCUGGAGAUGGCAAUAAUUCCAAUGUAAGAUCAGAUUCGGAACCAGACUACGAUUCAAGAAGAGACAAAAGGAAAAAAAAUUCAUCAUCUGGAAACAGCAGCAGAGACCUUGAAGGAGUAGAGAAGAAAGGAUAUUUCCACCGCAGCGGAGGCCUUGAAUCACUAGUAGAGGAGAAAGUAGCUUUCCACAUAUCUAGGCGUUCUGGAAUUAGUUCCACACCUGAUCAAGAACUAAUUGUGGAGACAGGACCCACGCAAACACCAGUAAAAAUGAAUCAUCCCAGUGACAAGAUGACAGAUUCUAUCCAAUUGCAUUUGAGAGCACAUUUCAGCACAUCUGGAGCUCCUCAUGCUGAAUCCCUUAAUAUCCUGGCUGCUGGAAUGGAUAGGAAAAAAGCAGCGCUACUCUUCUAUUCGACUUGUGUUCUUGCUUCCCGUGAUGCCAUUAGAGUUCAGCAAAAGGUGUCUUAUGGAGAAAUUCUCAUCUCUAGAGGAUCAAAAAUGUGAUCAAGGUUUUGUUUCCUCCUCAAUUAUGCAUACUUAUUCCUCCCUUAAAGUCUUAAGCAGCAUUACGAAUGUUUUUGUUUUCUUUAAGAGCAAACAAGUGGUGUAGGUGUUUAAAUUAGGAAACUAUAAGCAGCUCUUAUAUGCCGUUAUUAGUUACCACACAUGCUUUAUGCUUUAAAAAUUACAUUAAGAAUCUUUUUAUUAGAUAUGAUUUAUACUCUUAAACUAAUCAUUUUCUAAUUUUCCAAAACUUUUUAUGUUU